AGUUAUCUCAUUACGAAAAAGCAAUUAAUCUUUUUUUUAACCGGAGCUCCUUGUUAGCUAACGUACGGUUUGGUUGUUUGAUACCAGGAACCCGAGGUUCGAACACCAUCCAUAUCGUAUUGUUGUUUGUUAACACCAAGUUUGCUUUUCAGUUAAUUACUCUGAAUUUAAUUGAGACUGGUAAAACCACGAUGAGGCCUGUGACUCCGCGCACUGCAAAGCAGCUGCUCCACAACAAGUUCGUUGUGGUCUUAGGCGAUUCAAUUCAACGCUCGGUUUACAAGGAUCUAGUCCUCAUGUUGAGGAGAGAUGCGUAUUUAAGUGUAUCACAGCUAAAAAGCAAGGGUGAGUUUUCCUUUGAGCAAGACUGUCUGGUAGAAGGUGGCCGACUAGGAGAAAUGAAUAAUGGCACUGCCUAUAAAGAAGUGAGACAGUACAGAACGGAUCACCACUUGAUCCGUUUCUAUUUUGUCACGCGUGUUUUUUCACGCAGCAUGGAGAGGAUCUUGACCGACUUUGAAACAGGAAUGAAACCAGACCUGGUCAUCGUCAAUUCUUGUGUGUGGGACAUAUCAAGGUGGGAGAUCCCUGAAGUUGCAAAGACUCUGGGUGGAUUCUUGGUUCCAGAGAUCCAACACAUGGGUCCCACAUUGAGAUUCGACGUGAUCGAAGCAAACUACUUUGGAGCCACUCUUGCCAAUGAGUACGGCUUUGAUGUACUAGACUUUCACUUCCAGUUCCGGUUCAGCCUGCAACAUCGUAUGCAGGAUGGUGUACACUGGAAUGCUGUGGCCCACCGGCAGAUUACAUGCUUGUUACUGGAGCAUGUAGCACAGGCGUGGGGAGUGGAACUGCCAGAUCAUGACCAGGUUAAGGCGGAUGGUCACCCACCAUUACAUGACAGCCAUAACUGGAAGACUGCUACCUCAAGUGCUCUCGUACGCCAUCAAGGUCCUCUAUAUAGCAAUAAGAGAGGCUUCAAUCCACCUGUGACGCCUGCUAUCCAUUAUAACAAUGCUCCAGCCUGGACACAAGGCCAAAUGAUGAGGCAGUUCAGUGGCUUUGGUUCACAGUUCAGCGGCUAUGGUGCACAGUUCUACAGCGACAGUGUACCUCCCCACUUAACAGCAGGGUACCAGAGCUUUGAAAGGGAACCCUUCUACAGAGGUGUUAAUUCAGCUGCUGCCCCCUACUGGCCAGUGAACAACUUGGUCAUGAAACACAAACAGAGAAGACCAUAUAAUCCUUACACACGAGAGAGACCACGUACUUACAGAUACUAAAUCGACUCUGUUCUCAUUGUGUAUGGCCAGAAUGAAGCUUUGUUGAAUCUCUUCCUUUAAACCUUUCAAGUAAAAAUACACAUUCUGCAUGGUAAUUAAGCACCUUGUUGGAAUUAUAGGAAUUGUUGUUUUGUAGGGUGCGUACAUGUUUAUUAAGUACUGAAAUGUCGUUUAUUCAUACUUUCUUAAAAGUGAUGCUUGUUUAUAGAGCCUUUCUAUGUUAUAUGAUUCUCGUGUCACAAAAACAUUUGCCACUGAUGGAAAAAUUAAGCACCACAGGACAAAACAUUUCUUUUAAUACUGAAAUAAACAUUUAUUUUUUACAAAAGUC